AUGGAUUAUGAAGAAGACGAAAAUGAAAACAUUGAAAAAAAUGCUCGCAAAUUCAGAGAACUGUUCCGUGGCCGAUUCACCCAGGGGGACGCUGUGAGGAUCGUCAAAGAGUUCCAGGGUUUGGGGGACGCCGUGCAGUUCUUCCUAACUGCUUCCUCCGAACAAGUCAGCGAGUUUCUUGGAGAGGACCAAGUCUACCAGGCCAACUUGCAGGCCGAUGCUGACCACGUGAUGGCCAGACUGGCAUCAGACCUCCAGCAGGACGCUAGCGAGCAACAGUUCGCCUGCCAACGUUGUGACAAAAGUUGGUGGAAGAAGGUUCCGAACAGAAAGAUGGUAUCAACGUGCAAUCGUUGUAAGCAGAAACUGAAGGCCAUCCCUAAGGAGAAUCAGUGGGGGUGGGGAAGGUUCCAUUGUGAAGACUGCGAUAACAAAUUUUACGGAGUAGGUACUAUGGGAAUGACCAAAAGUAAAUGCUACGAUUGUGAUAACGAAACUGACAUCAAAGAGAUCAUCCCCCCUAGAAUAAAGAAGGAAAUGCGGAAGACCAGGAAUAACCAUAACUGCAACGGAAUCAACUGCUACAACGGUUAUAACACGGUCAACCCAAGGCCUUAUAGAAACGAUAUUGAGCUCCGUGUCCAACCAAACAAUCCUCACCGCACUGGUCGUGAGGGUAAACCAGCCGUGUGCAUUCACAAGUUUUCACCUCGUCCAGCAAGUUCCAGAGUCCGCACGUGGAGUGAGGUGCACAUCAGCUCAGGGUCAACGGUCACCACGUGCAUUGACCAGGGCAGCUUGAACACAGGGACGGGAUCGUUUGCCUACACCAUGUACACAUCAUCUAUUAGACAAUAAACUAGACCAUCGCCUACACCAUGUACACAUCAUCUAGUACACGAUAAACUAGACCAUCGCCUACACCACCAUGUUCACUUCAUCUA